GGAAAACAACUGAUACCACAUGAUUAUCAAUUAUUUACGAAUGCGAUUGGCACGGUGGAAUCUGAAACAGUUUGGGGGCAUCUCGAUCCAGCAGCAUCCCAAGAUCAGCUUCGCAGUUUGUAUUAUAGAUCAGAAUCGUUUGAAAAUACUGGUCCAGGUGACUCGGCUCAGUUAGGGACAAGAUAAACGCAGUAGCUGUACCGACGAUGGUGGUGCCGCUGGUUACCUUGCUUCUUGUUGCUUUCAUUCCAAAUGGGCUGUUAGCCUUGCCAUCCACAGUGCCUGCGUUCCUGUGGUCUCCCGAUCAGGACCUGGUUUCAAACAAUGGGCCAGAGGGAACUGUUAAUUAUCAGAUUAUUUCUCCAAAAGAUCUAGCAAAUUCUGUUAUGUCACAAGCAGGAUGGUCAAAUUUGCUGUGCAAAGGAAAGGAAAUGCAGAAACCUCUGGAUCUGGCACUCCUUUUUGUUGGCAAAGAGCUGCAAUCUUCAGAGUUAAGCUUGAACAAACCCGCAGAUCCAUCUCUUUUAGAAUUACUGAAGAUUUCUUUCACAAGAUCCAACUUUUCCAUGGCAUUCCCUUAUGUUUCAGCAUCAGAGGAGGAGAAAUUGGAAAAUUUGUUGGUUUCAGGAUUUUCAAAAGCAUGUGGAGAUGAUUUAGAAAUCGGUGAUGUUGCUUUCCUUGGAUCUUGUUCCAUGGAGGAUGCAAAUCAUAAAGAAAAUGCUCAUUUUCAUUCAAUCCAAGAUUUUCUAACCAAGAGGAUGGAAGAGAGUCACAAAGGGGCAACAGAUCUGGUUGUCUUUUGUAACGGAGACUCUUUACCCUCAGAAAAUGCUGACAAUACACAGUCUGAAGGUAAAAUCUUAUCUGAGCUUCUCAGUUCUGUGGAGAAGUCGGGAGCAAAAUACUCAGUUCUCUAUGUGUCAGACCCCUCCAGGUCAAGCCGGUAUCCUUCGUACAGGGAAAUACAACGAUUUCUGGCAGAAAGCACCCCAGGGAAUUUAUCAGCCAAUGUUACGCUCUGUGAUGAAGUCUGCCAGAUUAAAUCAUCGCUUCUGGAGGGACUUAUAGUUGGGAUAGUUUUGCUCAUAAUUUUGAUAUCUGGCCUUUGCUGUAUGAUGGGAAUCGACACUCCAACAAGAUUUGAGACGCCACAAGAGUCAUGAGUCAUGAUCUGCCAUUUAUUCAAGGUGAUAGUGGUCGUGAAGUUGGCGCUGGUGUUGUACUGUUUUAUUAUAAUACUAGAUAUUCAUUUUGGAGUGGUCUGGUUGAAGCUUCAAUCUUGUGACCUUAUUGAUUUGUUAUAUCAGGGAUUCCGUUAUGUGGUUAAA